AUGUGCCAGCCACUUGCUAGCCAUUGGGUCCUGUUCCGAGAAUUUACAGGCCAUUCCAAACCGGACUCCCCGAAACGCAGCCCUGCCCUGCCUAAAACCCGGGGCCGGGGCCGGGGCCGCAGCUGCAGGCCGCAAGCGGUGGGCCGGGCCUACGCGCGGGGGCCGCCGGGAGGCCGAGGGCGCCGGGCUGCGGACGGCGGCUCCAUGAGCUGCCAGGUGACGGUGCUGUACUUUGCCAGGAGCGCGGAGCUGGUGGGGCUGCGCUCCGAGAGCGUCUCUGUGCCGCAGCGGAUCACCUCCCUCCAGCUCUGGGAAGAGAUCGUUAAGAUUCAUCCCAGGCUUGCUGUCAUCCAGGAGCAAGUGGUUUUUGCUGUUCGGCAGGAGUACGUGCUUCUUGGAGAUCAACUUCUGGUCCUGCAGACAGGAGACGAAGUUGCAAUCAUCCCACCAAUUAGUGGAGGCUGA